AUUCCCUCUUGCAAUGCCAAGAAGCUUUGGACCAGACCAAAGUUCUUCAUUUAUUGAACCAGAUCCCUGCCACUAUAAUUUUUUUUAUUUUUUUAUAAACAUAUAUUUCCCGCAAUGGCAGCAAGAAUUUCUUUUGUAUGCCUAGCGAUUCUUGGAAUGCUAGUGAUGGAAGCUAUGGCGGCUGGAUCUACUGAUUCAGAGACAUACCCAAGAAGGCUUUUGCUAAGAGGGACCAUAGCGGUUCCGCCGGUUCCCGGGUCGGAAGAAAGAAGAGAUUCUGGGGAAGAAGCUGAAGCACCGGAGAGCCUGACAGCGCACCACCACUACAGUAAAUCUGUAGCCGGCGGAGAAGUCAUCAUCGGCGGUCUUGUCACUGCCCUUUUCGCGGCGGUUUAUUGCUACAUUCGGGUCACCCGGAGAAGGGUCGAGGGGGAUCAACGAAGCGUGUAUUGAAUUUGUUAUUUACAAUAUUUCAUUUUUUCUUGUGACAUAGUCCUACAUUAUUAUUAUUAUUAUCAUUAUAUGAACAUUAACAAAAAUAUUACGUACAGUGCGUGAAUAGUUAGGUUAUUAGUGGGCAAUGUAGCUGAAUUUUGUGCUAUAUAAUGUGGCCUUAUUGGCUUUGUGCACGUGUUAGUUGAUACUCCGUAAUUAAUGGGGCAAAAUAAUUUAGAGAAAAUGGUCCGCCUUCUAUGAAAUAGUCACAUAAGGCCAUACACUCAACAAAGUGUCAUUUCAGUACAUAUACUUGUAUAAAGCAAUCAAAUGAGUCCUAACGGUUUAUUU